AUGGCAGGAAACCAGUCCCAGUGGAAUAUCACACCUGUUGAGCCUUUACAGAACUUUUCUGUCUUCUCUCUGUUUAACUUGUCUGCUCCACCCUCUCCUCCACCCUGGAAGGCUCCCUCCUUCACUGUGGCAGCCCGCUGCCGUGUAGCAGCCACACUGGUGCUGUUUGCGUUUGCUGCUGUCAGUAACUUGUCAGUCCUCAUUAGUGUGUGCUGGGGACGAGGCUAUCGCCUGCCAGCACACCUUCGGCCACUCAUUGCCAGUUUAGCAUCAGCUGAUCUGGUGAUGACUUUUGUGGUGAUGCCACUGGAUGCCAUUUGGAACAUCACAGUGCAGUGGUAUGCUGGGGAUGUCAUGUGUAAGCUGCUGUGUUUUCUCAAGCUCUUUGCCAUGCACUCAGCUGCAUUCAUACUGGUAGUGGUGAGUCUGGACCGCUAUCGGGCUAUCCUCCAUCCUCUGGACUCUCUGGACGCUGGGCUCAGGAACAAACGCAUGCUGCUUGUGGCAUGGACUCUGAGUGUGUUGCUGGCCUCUCCACAGCUGUUCAUCUUUCGGGCCAUUAAGGCUGAUGGAGUGGACUUCACUCAGUGUGUGACCCAUGGAAGUUUCCAGCAUCGCUGGCAGGAGACGGCAUACAACAUGUUUCACUUUGUGACGCUGUAUGUCUUCCCCCUGCUUGUCAUGACUUUCUGCUACACCCGCAUCCUCAUCAAGAUCAAUGGGCAGAUGCACAAGAGAAAAGAUGGUGAGCAAUGCCUCAGACGCAGUGGGACAGACAUGAUACCUAAAGCCCGGAUGAAGACCCUCAAGAUGACUAUUGUGAUUGUUAGCUCCUUUGUCAUCUGUUGGACACCCUACUACAUCCUUGGGAUCUGGUACUGGUUCCAACCAGCAAUUAUCCAACGCACACCUGAGUACAUACAUCACAUACUUUUUGUCUUUGGAAACCUGAACACGUGCUGUGACCCUGUCAUCUAUGGCUUCUACACUCCGUCUUUCCGGGCCGACCUCACUGAUGUGGUGGCGUGCUGCUGCGGUCACCAAGCCAACAACGCCUCACCUCGCUCUGUGGAUCAUCUGUCUUGUCGCAGAGCUGGAGCUGCUGGGGAGAUGGAGUCUGACCCGAGUUCAAACCAGCAUAGUGGCAAUCCAAGUUAG